CUAAUUUGUUAAAACCUUGAUAAAAUUCUCAGAAAAAUUGGAUAAGAAAGAUUGGAGAAAAUUCGACGCAAGUUUAUUUGAUAUAUCUACAGUUUGACCUUUUGAGCUACAUGUGUCGCAUACGAAGUAGCCAGUAUAAGCCCAAACAAAUGUAGCAUGCUAAUCAAGUGUCAAGUGACAAGAUUAUUUCGGCUCAUUUGUACUUAUCAUAAUUGAUACAGGAUUCAUUAACUCAAUUUCGCAAUUAAAAGCAUGUUGUUGGUAAGAUUAAAGUGUACGUACAUCGGAUGAUUGCUACAGACGAUUGAUUACACGAACGACCGUGUAAUCAGGUAUUCCUUGUAAAUAAUAAGCACUUCAAAAAUUAGCAUAAAAAUGGACAUCUUCUCGGACUUUCAUCACACUUAACUUUCAACCUUCAGAGAAUAUCAGUCAUCAUUAUGGGUUGCUUAAUUCAGAUCGGACUCUUGCUCACCUUAUCGGUUUUAGCCUGCCAGGCCAACCCCCAUCCAUUUCUCAUACCCCCACGACUCCAAACAUACAACGUUGAUCCAAACUCUCUCACCGUUUCUGGAAUUUCGUCCGGCGGUGCAUUUGCAACGCAGUACCACUUCAUCUACUCCAGCGAGGUCAAGGGGGCCGGAAUCUUUGCGGGGGGCCCGUAUUUGUGUGGUUACGGCGGUCCUAUAGAUGCUGCGGCGUGCAUGUUGACACCUUCCCUCAUCAGCGUCCCCUGGCUCAUCUCGGAAGCCAACAUUCUAGCUGCAGCCAAUCAAAUCCAACCCGUUCGUCACCUUGCAGACUCAAAAGUCUACAUUUUCCACGGGUUUCUCGAUACUGUUGUUGAUCCCUUGGGUGGACGUAAAAUUGAGACAAUGUACAAGCAUUAUGGAGCCAACAUCGCGCAUGAAUUCGACAUUGGAGCAGGUCAUGGGCAGCCCGUCGAUGGUAAUGGAUUUGGCGGGCCGUGUGGACAGCUGAAUAUUUUGCACGGUUUUGUCAAUGAAUGUGGCUACAAUGGCGCCUAUGAAAUGUUUCGGCACAUGUAUGGCGAAGAUAUUGUCCGACCUGAACCCGGGUUUGUGGCCGACGGAGAACUUUUGGACUUCAAUCAGGGCGAAUUUUUUGCCAUUGAUCCAAUCGUAGCUUCCAUGGCGUACAAGGGACUAAUCUACGUUCCUAAGGCAUGCAAAGACUGGAGCAAAAGAUGUCGAUUUCACGUAGCCUUUCACGGCUGCAUGGCGAACGAACACAUUGUUGGAGAAGGAUUUGCCACAAAGACGCAAUACAACGAUGUAGCAGAAGUCAACGAUAUUAUUGUCAUGUAUCCACAAACCACGUCCACCCUGAUCAGUCCAGUUGGAUGCUGGGAUUGGUUUGGCUACACUGGAUUGGCUUCCUUUGCAACGAAAUGGGGAAAUCAACCAGCAGCAGUUCACAAGAUGACGAAGAGGGUUAUGGGGAUAAAUUAAUUAAUCUAUUUAACUAUCAAACUAGAGUCGAAUAAAUAAUCUCUUCUUGAAAGCAUAUAUGUACA